AUGGUAAACACCUACGUUAUCGCGCCCAACUUCACCACAUCUCCACCACCAGUCAUCACAUAUCCCGAAAGCACACCCAGCGCAAAUGGAAACCCCCCAUUAGAUCCCUUCUCCAUCGAAGCCGGCCGGGUGCAAUUAGGUGAUGUGCUCGCAGAUCCAUUUGGACCAGAGCUCAAAGCCCUCAAUCGCGCUGAUCGCAAAAAGAUCAAUGGCAAGUUUGUUGACCGUACCAGCGAGCACGGGGGCCUCAAGGCAAAGAGGAGCGAGCUCUUCGAUGGCCGACUGGGUAUCUGGGCAAAUCUCCUUGCUACUCUGGGGCUUGGUCCCAGUAUCAAUAUCGGCAUUCACUGGGAGAGCAAGUCAGAUGAUGUGAUCGAAGCUGAAGCGCUGUGGACCUAUUCGUUUGAUCCUGAUGAUACAUACGUCAAGAGUGUUCUUCAGUCAAAUUCGGUGAAGAGCUAUCUUGACAAGUACCCGGAAGCUCCCCUUUACAUGGUCUCCGGCCUGAAAGUGGCUCAUGGGGCCAAGGCUUCAUCCACCACAAGUACCAAUGUCGAUGGAAACGCCGGUGCUGAAGCUUCCUCCGGUCUCGCGAAUUUGAAACUUCUCAAUCUAAUCUGGAAUCGAUCCAAGCAUGUAUCUUUCAAGACUGCCACCGACUUUGUGCUAGCGGUGCAGCUGAGACACAUCAUGCUGGAUGGACAGGGUGAACCAAUACAUUCUGUAUCAGUGAAGAAUACCUCUAUGGCAGACGGGACAGCUGACAGUGGAGGAUUAGAUUGGGCCAAAAAGUAUCAAGGUACUGAAGGCGACAUCAAGAAAUUUGUCGGUCAUGAACAGUACGGGAAGAUUAACGAGGAAGGAGUCGUUGUGUUGCUGCCAGAUGUUGAGUCAGAAGACGAUUAUUAA